AUGGGAAAGAUGCUCUCAUCUCUGCGCAGCUGCGUGUCAGAGGACGAAACUGGAGGCGAACACCGAUUCAUCCCAGCACGCAUUCUCCAGCAUCCCAACUCCAGGAACAACGUCCAGACGAGGAGCCCUCCGUGGCUCGUUUACACUGGACCGCCAAGUGACAGUGGAGACACCAUCAAUGUUCUACGAACUUUGCCGUCACCUUUGGGAGCACUUGUGGACCCCAAGAUCUCAGCCAUCGUUCAGACGGAAGCUGUCAUCAUCCCAGAAACCGUCCUCAUCCCAGAAAUUUCGCUCAACAACACAAUCACGGUCAACAUCAUUCUGCCACCAGAAACGGAAGAACUACCUUUGCUCGCCGCGCCAGCAACCCCGGCAACCAUCCUUUUUUAG